AGAUAUGAGGGAGUGAGUCAGUAGAGAGAGUGCGUAGAGAGAGAGAGAGAGAGAGAUGGAGCAUCAGGAGCAUGAAGUGUACGGAGGAGAUAUACCCGAUGAAGGAGAGAUGGAUGCCGAUGUCGAUAUGUCUAGGGCUGAAGACGACGAUCUCAACUCCAAGGACUUGGGGGACAUGAAGAAGAGACUCAAGGAGAUUGAAGAAGAAGCAGGCGCCCUUCGCGAAAUGCAAUCCAAAGUUGAAAAGGAAAUGGGCGCCGUUCAAGACUCUUCUAGUCCUGCUACUCAGGCUGAAAAGGAGGAGGUGGAUUCACGCUCCAUAUAUGUUGGGAAUGUAGAUUAUGUGUGUACACCUGAGGAGGUCCAGCAACACUUCCAAUCCUGUGGGACAGUUAACAGGGUCACAAUUUUGACAGACAAGUUUGGUCAACCUAAAGGAUUUGCUUAUGUGGAGUUUGUGGAAAUUGAAGCUGUUCAGAAUGCUCUUCUGUUGAAUGAAUCAGAGUUGCAUGGCCGCCAGUUGAAGGUUUCUUCAAAACGAACUAAUAUUCCAGGGAUGAAACAGUAUCGAGGAAGGCGUCUGAACCCAUAUAUUGGUUUUCGAACACGAAGACCCUUCAUGCCUGUUCCACCUUUCUAUCCUUCAUUUGGAUAUGGAAGGGUUCCAAGGUUCAGACGCCCCAUGCGGUACAGGCCAUACUGAUUUUGGAUCUUGCUCGACUUGUGGCCCUACUGAAGAUUCACUGUCUUGUUAUAGCAACUGCCUCAUUUAUGAAGCAUCAAUUGCAAAGUUAGCUUAUUAUUUUCGUAUCAAUAUUUCUGCAAUAUGGAUGAUGGGUGAUCUCAUAAGAACUUGUACCAUCAGUUGCAUACCAAAAAGCAGACUUUUUUCUUUUUUUUCUUUUUUUUUCUUUUUCCUAAUUGUAGGAAUAAUGGAUUUAAGUUCUAUGGAUGGAAGAAUCAGUCAAACAAAUCGUUUGUUGUGAAAAUGGUUCUGAAUGAUGUCUUCUAUGAAUUUGAAGUCUGAUAGAGUUCAAAUGUUGUCGAUACAGGGUUAAUGACCGGAUGUUUUUAUAGCAGUAUGCAUGGAUGGAUCAUUGCAGUUAA